CCAAAAUAAGCAAUGCAGAGUGUAAAAAAGUCGCUCAACAUUCUAUGUAUAUAUCUGGAUAUUAUUUUGAACUGCCGCCGAUAUUGUUCGAAACAAUCAAAUUAUCUAGUCAGGCGUCGGAGCCAAUAUCUAUCUAGCACGGGGGCUGCCCCAGGCUCCGAGGCUCCAAUAGGCGCGGGAGCUCAAGCACAGUCCCCAGAAGCUCGUUCAUCUAUCAUCAUCCUUUAACGACUGACGCCUUUUCCCACGUUGACCCUUUGGGUUACUGAAUUCCUAAUUUUAUCAUUUCACAAAUACUUAGACGCCUAUUUUGUAUCUCUUCGCUCGUCCACCGCUCUUUUCGCAAUGUCUGACGAUGAUGACUUCAUGCAAGACUCCGGUGACGAGGAGUAUGACUUUGAAUACGAAGACGCGGACGAAGAUGAGUCGGGGGACGUCGGAAUCGAGAACAAAUACUACAACGCCAAACAGAUCAAGAUCGACAACCCGGAGGAGGCCAUAGAUGAGUUUCUCGGUGUACCUGCAAUGGAGGAGGAAAAAGGCGAUUGGGGCUUCAAAGGACUAAAACAAGCGAUCAAGUUGGAGUUCAAGCUGGGGAGGUAUAGCGAUGCUGAUUACUCCCAGGCAGUCGAGCACUAUCGAGAGCUCCUUACCUACGUUAAAUCCGCUGUCACUCGCAACUACUCUGAAAAGUCGAUCAACAACAUGCUCGAUUACAUUGAAAAGGCUUCCGACGACGACAGGGCAUAUCAGUGCAUGGAAGAAUUCUACUCCCUAACCCUCAACUCAUUUCAGAACACGAACAAUGAGCGCCUGUGGCUCAAAACAAAUAUCAAACUGGCGCGCCUGUGGUUGGAGCGCAAGGAAUAUGGGCAACUGAGCAAGAAAGUGCGGGAGCUGCAUCGUGCAUGCCAACGAGAGGAUGGCUCGGAUGAUCCCAGUAAAGGGACAUACUUGCUUGAGUUGUAUGCCCUGGAGAUUCAGAUGUACGCCGAGACGAAAAACAACAAACGGCUCAAGGCGCUAUAUCAGCGCGCACUCCGCGUGCGGUCGGCCGUACCGCACCCCAAGAUUAUGGGUAUCAUCCGCGAAUGCGGAGGCAAAAUGCAUAUGAGCGAGGAGAACUGGGAAGAGGCUCAGAGCGACUUUUUCGAAUCGUUUCGAAACUACGACGAAGCAGGCUCGAUGCAACGAAUUCAAGUGUUGAAAUACCUUGUCCUCACAACGAUGCUGAUGAAGUCCGACAUCAACCCGUUCGAUUCGCAAGAGACGAAGCCUUACAAGAACGAUCCGCGCAUCUCAGCCAUGACAGAUUUGGUCGAUGCAUUCCAACGGGAUGAUAUACAUGCAUACGAAGCGGUCUUGAGCAAGAACCCCGACGUUCUGGCGGACCCUUUUAUCGCGGAAAACAUUGACGAGGUGAGCCGUAAUAUGCGUACAAAAGCUGUCCUCAAAUUUAUCGCCCCGUACACGCGAUUUUCGCUCAGUUUUAUCUCCAAGCACAUCAAGAUAUCCGUCCCGGAAGUACAGGAUAUCCUGAGUUACUUGAUCCUUGACAAGAAGUUGAAUGCCAAGAUUGACCAAGAAAACGGAACGGUUGUUGUUGAAAGUGCCAGCGAUGUGGAUCGAUUGCGUGCCCUUCAGGAGUGGAGCGCGUCGCUCCAAAGCCUCUGGCGGGCGGCAUUAAUCGACGGCGAAGGAUUCAAGAGCGAUGACCCGACACAACUUCAUGGCAUGAGAGGGGGUUCGAUGCUCCAAUCGGCGUUUGGAGACGAGGCGCCUACCGCGGGUUUACGUGCCAGCAACUUUCGAGUACGGACAGGGUGGAAGGGCAAGGGAGGACAGGGUUCCAAGGCCGUAACGGUCGGUGAUUUGCUUCUUCUGACUCCCGACUUGAUCACCCGAUGCGUUUUGGCAGACUUUACAGAGGAGUCCACCAACGGGGGAUCCGCACUUUUGAUUCUCGAUUCAACUGCAGCGGUUAAUAUCGUAGCCGAAGUCGAGGACUUGGAUGAAGCGCUCCACGCUGAUCCCUUGUCUAUCCUCGAUGCUACUCUCUCUGCGGAUUAUGAUUUGAUGGAAACUUGGGAGUCACGUUAUCAAGUACAGUAG